GUUUUUUUUCUUAACUAGCUAGCUUUUCUUGCUAUGUUCAGAUAAAUACUUUCAAUAUAGAUACUAUUCUUGUAGCCUAAUAUCUAAGACAUAUAUCGGCCGUGUUAUCAAAAGAUAACUUUAUCUGUGUUCUGUGUUACUGGACCUUCUUUUGUUUUUUUCACCAUUAACCGGAGGGAAGCAUAUGCAUCGAUAGACAAUGCCAAAGAAGAGACAAAACGUCAAAGCAAAGACUGCCAGCAAAGAUGAAGCCGUUCGUUCAGAAGCAUCUACAGAACCUAUUUCUAAAACGAAAACAAUACCGAAGUUAGCACAGGAAAACAUUGAAGAAAAAAACAAUGUAGCAUCACUGAUACGCAUAGGCUUCAUGAUAGCUUUACUUUUGGGACUAGCUGGGGUUUUGUUUUUCCCGAAAUUGAUAUCUUUGGCAGAGUCUACAAUGGGUAUGAAACCAGUAAGUAGUGGCCACGAACAUGUGCGUGAAGCGAGCGAGCAUGAUAGAGAAGAAGCACAGGGAGAAACCGUUAAACAAACACAAACGAAUGUUAAGGAUGUAACGUUGAAUGAAGGAGACUUAAUGGAAAAUGAAGAGACUGAGAUGAAAAAACAAACUAGUUUAGGAGACAAACAAAACCAAGAUAGAUCUAAUUUAGACCGCAAUAAAAUGCAUGCCGAAAAGAACACUGAUUUUAAAGAAAAAGACUAUUCGAAGAAAAGCAAAUCCAAGGAUGCUGAAAUUAAAGCUACUGGUGAUCAAAGUCAUUUCGAUACAGCCAACAUGAUUCCACCCAGAAAAGGUCGGAAUGGCUCAGGAAAACCAAUAAUUUUGAACUCAGAAACCAGUCACGUUGUAAUAGACCCAUCACAAAUCAAAAUUAUUGAUUCACCACCCGACACCAACACAGAUGGCAGUAAUAAAAAAUCUGGGAAAAAUAUUACCGGUAAAACAUCAGUCAAUAAGUCCAAGGCUGACAUCUCCAAGUCUAACUUAAACAAAGACAACACAACUAGCCCAACAACAAUAGAAGAGGAAAUACAGAAAUUUAAGCCAACUUUUCACAAAACUUUUACUCCAAAGAAAAUAUUUGAUGGUGGUCGACGGAUACCUCCUAUAGAAUUACUUCAUCAAAAACCUAGCAACAGUAGCGUAAAAGUUUUUCUGUUUGACGACUUUUUGUCUGCUCAGGAAUGUGAUGGUCUGAUCAGAGCACAUGACAAUCACGUCAAGGCGGCCAACAAAACUCCUAUCUUAUGCUUUGACUCUGUUGAUACUCUUAGAAGUCAUUUAAAGGAUGCCAAGAAAAAUAUAAAAAUAUCGCCUAAUGUGUUCACAGCAGGUACCAGGUGUGUGAAUGAAAGUUUUUCUCUUCAGCUGGGCAACUGGUUAAAAAGCAACUGGAGCUAUAGCACGGCAUUCUAUCCAGGAGAAAGUAAAUUCUCUAAGAUUCUUGCAGAAAGAAUACAAAAAGCCAUGGGAUUAGAUCCAGUCAGUGGUGGAAAAUUUCAAAUUACAUCUUAUCCUGUUGGGAAAGCAUACAAAGAACACACAGAUUGUAUUGUGGGUGGAGUGGAUCAAAGAGACCGUGUGGUCACAGUACUCAUCUACUUAAAUGAUGUGGACGAGGGAGGAGAAACCAGAUUCACAGAGCUUGGCAUUUGGGUCAAACCUAAAAAAGGGAGAGCACUAGUGUGGAAUAACAUGAGCCCAGAGGGGGUGUGUGAACCACAUUCUAAGCAUGUAGCUUCUGUUGUCAAGAAAGGUUCAAAAUACAUUUUGAUUAGAUGGUAUUACUAUAAAACAUUUUAUUCGCUGGGGCAUCGGCCAGCUCCACCAAACCUGCCACAGCGAGAAUCAGAUCAAGCUAUGGUCAUGUGUGAUGUGUACAACAGUGGGAGCUGCCGGUGGUAUGAUGAAUGGACGUACGAGCAUUUACUGGACUAUAAAAAAAAUAAACUCAAACUUAUUUAAAGACUA